GAGCUGGAAACGAGAGGCUGCGGGGGAAGAAGUGGAUGGCAGCCGGUGUGUGUUGAUGCAAGUGCGGUGACUGUACGUGCUGACUGGCGGAGUCAGUCAGUCAGUCAGUCAGUCGGCUCGGCACCGGCCGCGACGCACGAUCGGCGUCCAUUUUUCUUGCCUCUCCUCGCGUCGCGCGUACACAUAUCGUGUAUAUCACACACGCGCGCGCACGCACACACGUACCAGAGCGAGAGAGAACGCACGCUCGCACGGCUUCGACACGCAACUUCGCCUCUGUGUUUCUCCGCGCGCUCGCGCGCGCGCACGCCCGACCUCUUCUGUUCGGCCCAGUUUUUCCGCCUCGAUUUUUCCUUCCUGUCGCGGGAGCCUGCCUCGAAAGCAGUCAGGGGGCCUGUGUGUCAGUGUGCCUCGUCGGAUUACCGCCCAAUUUCUGCCGGAAUUUCGCCGAAACCAGAGAGUACCAGAGCCGAAUCGAUCAGGGUGAUGAUGUAACGGGACUUUCGCUGUCGCUGCUGCAGUGAGGCAACGAUGUCCGCACAAUGCAACCGCUUCGUGCAGAACGCGUGGAAGAAGGAACUGUGUUCCAACUGCUUCAAGCCGCGGGAGGAGCACGCCUCGCCGGAGGACACGUUCAGGGUGAACAUAGGCAGGGCUCUGAACCACGUCAAGACUGAUAAUAUUAAGUUGCAGAGUAUCCUGCGGGGGAAGGGGAUCUCGCAGAAGAGCGAGAGGAAGAAGAAGAGCGUAACGUUCACGGAAGGUUUGACGGAGAUAAUCGGCUACGGCGGCGAUGACUUCUUCUCGGACGGGGAGGAGGAGGAGGAGGAGGAGGACGAGCAGGACACGGCCGAUUCGUUGAACGGGGACGACGAGAUACCGCCUGACAGCGAGGAGGAAAGGGCUUUGGGCAACCUGACGCGCGCCAACACCAAUUUCAACACCGUCACCGCCAAUCUGACGGAGAUCGUGGCCGCGAACGAGUCGAGCAAAUCGACGGGCAAAUCGUUCGCCUCCCUCAUGCUUGGAAGGAUACAGAAAGACUCGGAGGGGAAGAAGACCACGUUGCUCGUCUCGGUCACACCUUUCGGGGGCGACGAAUCCCUGCCGACGGCGAGGAGGCCCGCCGACAAGAAGGUGAACGGAUUCGUCAACGGGUUCGCCAAUUUCUCCAAGUGCAAGGCGACGGUGGACAACGAGAAGGCGGAGAUGCAAAAGAAAAAGGUGGAGAUCGAGUCGAAGAAGGACGCGAAGAAGGAUCGAAAGUACCCGUCGAGCAUGGAGAAGAUCGCGGACAUGCCCCUGAUCGCGUCCGCCGCGAAUUUGAUCUCCGUCGUCCAACGGAACGAGUCCGACGAAGCGAGGGGGGACAGAGCCUCGAGCGCGUCGCCCAACAACAUCCAACCUGCAAACUUACCGGAUACCGGGAAAUCGGAGAAAAAGGGUGGCCAGAACGCGGCGACCAAGAGCAACGAGAGGGAACAAACGUCGCAGAAGCUCGGCUACGAUUUCGCGAAAAUUGGAGCGAAGAGAGGAGGAGAGGGAGCGAGCGAGACAUCCAGGAUGGAGAAGGGUGUCGAGUUGACUCUGACGCCUCUGGCGAAGAACGAGGCCGAAGACGCGGCCGAGAGCGACAGAUCCGUGAUCGGGAAGGAGGCGAAUAAGAUCGCCGCGUCGACGAACGACGACGAUAGGAAGACGACUGCGUUGAGCAAGGAGGAAGGCUUGGGAGGGCGCAACACGGAGGCGGAGAAGAAGAGGAGAAAGAAGCUCGAGGAGAGUCGAGAGUCGGUGGGCGAGCCGGACGGGAGGGAGGACGAGAGGGAGGCGAUUGAACCGCCCGCGCUUCCGAAAAGUCCACCGCCCGUCGAGUCCGCCAGGCCUUCGACCCUUCAAGACACGUUCAAGCCGCCGAUUAUCACGGAGCCGAGGCCGUCCUUCCUCCACGGGGCGGUCAUCAACUCGGAGGCCAAGGUGAAGCCCGCGGUGCCCCAGAAGCCGACCAAUUUCUCGGCCAAGAACAAUCAUCCCCCCGACGGGAAGAAGAGUUGCGCCUUGCCACUUUCCUCUCCGGUUCAACAAGGCUUUUCUGGACUUUCCAGUGCGGGUGCGAUGGAACACCAAUCGACAACUGCCUGCCGAUUAACGGCAACCAAAGACAAAUCCGAGGAGGAAGUUUCGGAUCAAAAUCGGGGAUCCCUCGCCGAGAACAUCUCGGAACGAAUCUCCAACGAGAUUCCUCGAUCGACGCAGAACAACGUCUCCAAGAUUCCGUCGUCGUCGCCGUGUCGUGCGGUCGAGGCUUCGAAAAUUUCGCCCGGGAACAAGUCGAGGCCGACGACGACGAGUUCGAGCUGUGGAGAUCCGAGCCAGGAGGGCGGCGACGAAGAAUCCUCGGCGAUGAUCGACGCGAUACGAUCGUCCAACAACAACAAGAGGAGAAUGGCGCCGAAACCGCCAGCGGCCGAUUUCACGGCCGAGGAGUUAUUACCCGCCUCCACCUCGAGCUUGUUCGCCAGGAAUCCCGGCGCCAAUUUCAAAUCCGACUCGCCCGUGGUCAGGGAGAAGGAGAAAAGGGAGAGGGCCUCCUCGUGCAGCCCGAAAUUUCGAAAGGCCGUUUCCGACCUGCCUGACCCGACCGCCCCCCUUCAAAACCCGACCGCCAACGAUCCAACCUCGAGGAGGAGCAUCUCGUUGUCGCAGGACAAUCUGACGAGCGGGCCGGAGGUGAGGGAGGAGAAGAAGAGGGGCAGGCCCCGUUUCUCGUUGAAACGAUUCUUGAGAAUGGGCUCGAGGAAGGACGUGGACAUGGUCCACGGGGGUGGGCACGCGAGGAUCGACGAGAUACCCUCGACGCCGCAACCCAAGCCGCGAUUGGAGAUCAUACACCCGCUCGAGUUGGAUGGCGCCGCUGUCGAGGUGGUGGGCAACGAUCGGAUCGGCAGGAUAGGCGAGGAUCAACCGGACUCCUCCUGCGCUCCCAGAAACGACGCGGCGAGACAGACUCGAUCCCCCUUGUCCAACGGAUCGCACGCCGUGAGGCCGGGGAAACCACCACCACCGCCGAGGAACCAGUCCCUGGAGGAUUGGUCGAGACUGGAUCCGACGAGCAAACCGGUCAGACCACCACCGCCACGCGUCGAGACCAAACAACUACCGUCGAGGAGCGACAAGUCAUCCUCGAAAUCGCCGACCUCCUCUCCCCCCUCCUCCUCCCCGUCAGCAUCCUCGUCGUCGUCGUCGUCGUCGUCGUCGUCGUCGUCGUCGUCGUCGUGGCAGCCGGCAGCCUCGACCACCUCAGACUCGAUUUACGCGAAUCUGGCAGCGGAGGAUGUUACAGGUGAGGUGCGCAGCUCGUUGGCACCCUCGAAACCGCAAAGAACAGCCAGCAUGAGGGACCAAGCCACCUCGCAGCCGAUCCUCAAGAAACACGGAUCCUCGACACCGGCCCUUAAUCAGGAUUACGAGCCCGCUACUGCGCCACCCACGUCCGAUUCACUGACGUCUAACGACAGUCAUGUUUACGAGUGCCUUUCCAGCUCGCCGGAAUGCGACUCGAAUCUCGAGCUCAGACACGGCGGCGGAUCUCAUCUCACCUGCAAGAGGAAAUCCGACAGCAACGCGAUGGAACACGGUGGAGAAUUCAAAUUUCAUCAUCAGACGUUCGUCAGAUCGACCUCGCUCCCAUAUUGCGGCAGCGAGACCGAGAGCGAGCUCUACGCCCCGUAUGGCUUUUACACCGGCGAUGAGGGUCCCGAGGAGGAUCAGGACUGGAAGAAUAAGGACGACGAAUUAAGGAUAAGCCGAUUGAGGCAACGCAGAGGUCGCAGUAUAGUCCAUCGAAGCCUCGAGGAUAAUUACGGUGCCGUCGUGGUCGCGAAUCACGAAGCUCUCGCGCAAUUCCUUGACCAGCUGAACCAAACGCCCCAAGUGCCGGCAGGUUUGCGAGCGUUGAAAAAUACGAACCCACGUGUAAGCCACUUCGGCAUCGACGCCAAUACGUCGAUCGCAGUCGGCAGGAGAAUAUUUUGCUCGGCGACGUGGAACGAGCUGAACGUCACCCUGUGCAUCGCCUUCGAUCUGGCCACGCACGUGUCGCGCAAGGAAUUUUAUUUGGCACCUAUAAUCGAGUUUAUAGACAGCCCACCCAAGGAAAUUAUCGACAACGCUCGUUUACCUACCAACAAGCAACUCGAAGCGACCAUUUCGGUUCUGCCACGGCUCCAAGUGAGCACGAUACAAUUAUUCGGUGCGACGAGCAGGGAUCCCCACGAGGAAGGAGCGAUCAGGGAGGCGUCGUUCGUUCUUCUUCAAUUCGUCACCGCGUUGAAGAGCCUUCAGGCGCGAGGAAUCGAAGAAUCGGCAAGGAGCCUGAACAACGUGGUCCUCUGCAGGGAAGACAAGGACGCCUAUUACAGGCUCUACCUUCUUCAAGGAUUGAACGUGGAGACGAACGCGGAGGACAGGGAGGAGGAGAGGGUCUCGCUGUGCCAAUGCGCCCUCGUCGCUCUUCAACACCUCAACUUGGCCAGCAAGCUGCCCAUGAUUCAGGAGUUGCUGAUGAGGGAGAAGGCGGUUACCUUGUCUCAGGUGAAAUCCGUCCUGGAAUUUUCCCUGUGGGGUCCCGCGGACGUGACAUUCGGCGGGCCGCGGGAGAGGGAGGUCACCCUCCAAAGGUGGUUGGAUCUGGAAAGGGCGAACGUGCUCCACGCGUUGGUGAGGACAAGGGCACCUCUCACAGUCACGGACGAAUACCAAUUGCUGUUCUUGGUUCGAACCAGCGCCAAGAUCAUGGGCGAAGCCUCGUUGCUGUUGGACGAGCAACGAUCUCGACUGCUUCGCGCUCGUUAAUAACCAUAACGCGUUUCAAUCUCCUCCAAUCGAUCUCCUCCCGCGUGAAACUCUCGUGCAAAGAAUCGGAUCCAAGUGGACCAAGUCGAAGUGUUGGGCAUAGAACGAUUGCACGGAUCUACGAGACAAUGCUCAAUCGAGGCGGGAUGCUUGAGAAUAAUAAU